AUGGAUGAUUUUAAAUUUAGUGUUAGCAAUAGUGUGGGACCUAUUUCUGCUGUAGAAUUUCAACCAAAUACCAAAAAUUCAAUAUUUUGUACCACACCUACUGUGACUGACACUGUUUCUUCACAGCACUCUGCAAUGCAAGAUGAUCUCCUAAUAGAAAAACCUGCUGCUAAGACCCAGCAGACCGUAUCACCAAGUCCAGAAAUAAACGAGGAUAAUUCCACAAAAAAUAAAGAAGAAGAUCACGGAUCUGGUAAACCUAAUAGUAGUAGUAGUAUAAGUUUAAAUGGAAAACACAAUGAUCCAAAUAACUCAGCGCAAACUUUACAAAUUUUACAAGGAUAUAAUGCAACUGAAAGUAAUAUAAACAUAGUAAGUCCCACAAAUGUGUCUCAGUCUGGUGUGUGGCCCUCGGGCACAAUGGAGGAUGGAAUGCUUCAAAAUUUAGCUGCUCACGGUGUGACAGUAAAUGGCACCCUUGCUUUUCAAAAUUAUCAGUCUAGCAAUUUAUAUAACCAAUUAGGAAACCAAAUGACUGGAUUAUCACAAAAUCAAGGACAAUCUAGCCAACAAAGGAGGCCAAUCACGGGACAGCAUAAUUUUUCAACAAAUGUAGGUCGCCCAAUUCAAAAUCAUUCUCCUCCAAAUUUAUUUCUCACCAAUAAAGGCUAUGGAGCUCCUUGGCCGAGUCCGCAGCAAAACCCAGGUUGGGUACCAUCUCCACAAAAUCAAGCAAAUGUAUCAGGUCUCACUCCUUGGAAUAGAGGAAGAUCAGUUCCUAAUUUAAAUCCAGCAUUGCAAAAUAAUUAUGGAAAUUUAAGUAAUAGAAAACCAAGUCCUACGUUUAAUCAACAACAUCAAAUGGUUCAAAUAUCGCCAAUUAAAUUUCGACGAAGUACUUCAUAUCCUGGAAAAACAAUGUUUUCACAGCAUCCAACAUUUGAAAUAACCGGUAUGGAUGAAAAUAGGGAUAAUUUGCUUUAUCAGGACAGAGGAAUAGGAAAUAUUAAUGGAACUGGUCCUUUAGACAGUAUGAGAAAUUUGGAACAUUAUUUAAGGGAUUUAAUGAAAGGAGCCGGUGAUGCUCCAGAAAGUUUAAAAGUUGAAAGACCAGUUUUACCUGCGAAUGCACCUUUAAAUUCUCCCGGUUCCAGGUCAUCGCCCAAUAGUCAAAAUUCAGAUACGAAUGAACGUUAUUCCAGAAAAGUAUUUGUCGGUGGACUUCCGCCGGACAUUGACGAAGAUGAAAUAACAGCGAGUUUUAGACGGUUCGGUCCCUUGAUUGUGGAUUGGCCUCAUAAAGCAGAAAGCAAAUCGUAUUUCCCGCCAAAAGGGUAUGCUUUUCUCUUAUUUCAGGAUGAAAGUUCCGUGCAACAGUUAAUUGAAGCUUGUAUUUCUGACGAUGAUAAAUUGUAUUUAUGUGUUUCUUCUCCGACUAUAAAAGACAAACCCGUUCAAAUCCGACCUUGGCGCCUCAUCGAUGCCGAUUUUGUUUUAGACGCGUCAAUGUCGUUGGAUCCUCGUAAGACUGUUUUUGUGGGAGGAGUUCCUAGACCACUUAAAGCCGUUGAAUUGGCAACGAUAAUGCAUCGUUUGUACGGUGGCGUGUGCUACGCAGGUAUCGACACUGAUCCCGAACUGAAAUAUCCCAAGGGAGCGGGUCGGGUUGCAUUUAGCAAUCAACAAAGUUACAUCGCAGCUAUCAGUGCUAGAUUCGUUCAACUUCAACACGGAGACAUUGAUAAAAGAGUCGAAGUUAAACCAUAUGUAUUAGACGAUCAGAUGUGUGACGAGUGUCAGGGAAGUCGUUGCGGAGGGAAAUUUGCACCAUUUUUUUGCGCAAAUGUCACUUGCUUGCAGUAUUAUUGCGAAAAUUGCUGGGCAACCAUACAUUCGCGGCAGGGGCGCGAAUUUCAUAAACCUUUGGUUAAGGAAGGAGCCGAUCGUCCGAGGGCGGUGCCUUUUCGCUGGUGUUAA